CUCUGCCGGUAGGAUCGCGAACUAAAGAAAAAUGUUAAUGAAUGUUAGAAACACACAGUCCUAGUAAAGUUUUCGAACAGCCUUGGCGCACACGGUAGCUUGUGUGUCCUAACCACAGCUAGUCUCCAGACAUGACUGUCCGUAUGUUAGACAUGAAAUCAGACAUGAGACUUGAAUAAUCAUGAAUUUGCUAAUGCCUCCAUGGCCAUAGAAAUGAAGUCAGGCAUCAGCCACAACGUCAUUUCUUAUUCAAUGCUGUUUUAUUACCGCUGCGAUGCAGUGCCGGCUCUACGCAAAGGAGGGAGGGGGCAACACCCCCUCAAAAAAACGUCCUGCCCGCUCAAAUCAAACUUUUAGAAGUGAAAAGUCCCCUGAUAGAAACACACGUUAAUCAGCCGCCUCUCUUCUCUCAUGUCGGUGCAGUGUGUGUCCUCACACAGCCUGCUGUCAGGACUCCGCACCCCUCCGUAAACAUCCAAUUACUGACAUCAUAAGCCAUAAUGAUCAUUCUCAAGGUGUUCAUUGUUGCCCUCCUGUUUGGAGCCAGCUGUCUGGGUGCACAGAUAAAGAGACAAGUAAAUGUUACUCAAGAUGACAGUUCUGCGCAAGCAGGGUCAGGCAAUGCAGAAUCAAGAGAAGUCGGCGGAUCGCCUGGUCCACCAGGACCACCUGGCCCUCCAGGACCACCAGGGCCAGGUGGACCAGAUGGUCCAACAGGACCAAAUGGUACAACAGGACCAAUGGGACCAAAAGGCCCACCAGGACCAGCUGGAGCAGAUGGUGACCCAGGACCAGAAGGCCCACCAGGACCACCUGGAGCAGAUGGCACACCCGGACCAGGAGGCCCACCAGGACCACCUGGAGCAAAUGGCAGACCAGGACCAAAAGGUAUUCCAGGUCCAGUUGGACCAACUGGAUCUCCUGGACCAGAAGGACCACCUGGACCACCAGGACCACCUAGUCCACCAGGGCCACCUGGACCCCCAGGACCACCUGGUCCACCAGUAUUUUAUCCGAAUUUUCCUCAGGCACCAUGGCUACCUUGUCCACCAAGACCAUAUCCAUAUGGCCCAGGUCAAAAUUUGCCAUGUGGCCCACUACCAAUUUGGCCACCUGGGCAAAAUUAUGUUCAUUAAUUUUAUAGCCCAGGCGUCACACAGACCACCUGGUACUGCAGAGGAAAAUUAUUCACCUGGACCACCACCCUUUCAGGCUUGGCCACCAGUACAGCCACCUUUUUCCUGGAUGAGAACCACCUGGACACCAAAUUACCAACCUACCCCACCACCUGGACCAUCUUCAGAACACCUCCUGCCAUUACGGACUACUCCAGCUAAAAACAACUCACCUGGAAUAGCACCCUGCCAACCUGGAUCACUACCUGGAUCAUCUGUUACUCUGGAUGAAAACAAUCAACCUGAAAUUUGACCUUGCAAACCUGAACCAUCGCCUAGACUUCCACCAAGACCUGCCUUGCGAACACCAAUU